GAAAUAUGGAAUAGUCCCUAUUCAAAUGAUAGCUUCCCCCUCUACGCCGAGGAUAUUGAUGCUGGUGGCGAUGCAUCUCCUUCAACUGCCAUGCUCUCUGAAGUCUCUCGUCUCUUGAAGAUCACGAUAGUUGGAGGAUCCAUACCAGAACGUUAUGAAGGCCGAUUAUACAACACUUGUUGCGUCUUUGGCACCGAUGGAAAGCUAAAAGCAAAACAUCGCAAGAUACACCUUUUUGAUAUUGACAUACCUGGGAAGAUUACCUUUAUGGAAUCAAAAACUCUCACGGCUGGGGAGACUCCAACCAUCGUGGAUACAGAAGUUGGGCGCAUUGGUAUUGGCAUUUGUUAUGACAUUCGAUUUCAGGAAUUGGCAAUGAUAUAUGCGGCAAGAGGUGCUCACUUGCUCUGCUAUCCUGGUGCAUUCAACAUGACUACUGGACCCCUGCAUUGGGAGUUAUUGCAGAGAGCAAGGGCUACAGAUAACCAGUUAUAUGUGGCCACUUGUUCACCUGCUCGGGAUACUGGUUCUGGUUAUGUGGCUUGGGGCCACUCCACUCUUGUUGGGCCGUUUGGAGAAGUUUUGGCAACUACAGAACAUGAAGAGGCAAUCAUCAUAGCAGAAAUCGACUAUUCAUUGUUAGAGCAGAGGAGGGCAAGUCUCCCACUGACAAAAAAACGGCGUGGCGACCUUUACCAACUGGUUGAUUUUCAGAGGCUGAAUUCCCAAUGAUAGGAGCUUGGCAUGAUGGACUACAGCUAUGCUGACUUCAAUAUUUCGAGACAACAUUCAUUGCUUGGUCUUCGUGGCAUGAAUUUGUCAUCUUUUGACUGUUAACAUGUUGUACUAUUUGCAUGGAGUUGAAACCAUGAAUAAAGGGAAGAACGAGUAAAUCAAGAAUGGGAAUUCUCCACGGAGAUUGUCUUUUAUAUGAGCAGCUCAUUUAAUUCUCAAUAAGUUA